AUGUCUAAUAAUUCUAAUAACUCCACUCCCUCGACAGAAGCCCAGUUACUCAGAUUGCUUACAAGUGCUUCCAGUAGCAGUCCUAGUAGUGUGCACCAAGCCGAAUCCGCUUCCCAACACAUAUCUACUCGCAGUUCACCGACUCGAGCUGAUCGACAGCAUGGAAAUAGACGGUCCAGGCGCCAUCCAAAUUCUGAUCCUACCAACCCCCGUGAACAGGCUUACGAGGGCGAAUCUCACGGUACCGCUGAGUCUGACGCUUCGGGGCGUGAAACCCGUACUGGAACUUACCCCACCGACCCGAGCUACUACCCACCGUCAACCUUUGACUUUGCACAAAAUGCAGUCGCGGAUGAGCUCGAGCCCACCAUUGAAGAAAACAGCAAUGGUGUCUCACCCUCAGCUGCGUUGUACCAAAACGGCAAUUAUACCAGCCAGCCGGCUUCGAACGGAUACCACGGUACCCCACACAAUGUCCAAACCCUCAAUGGCAUAAAUGGCGUAAUUCAGCAAACUAUGGCCGGACAAAAUCACUUGAUCCAGAUGACCCAGGAUGCGGGUUUCGAAGAAUCCCCAAUUGGACGAUAUUCCAUGGACUUCGCUUGCCAUGAGCUUAUACCUCUUGGAAUUCCGUCGCCCCGCAUUGGAGAGUACCACCAGGGCCGAUAUGUCUACAAUCAGAAUGCCACUGGUGCUCGCCACUGA